UAAAUAAUAAUAAUAAUAAUAAUAACAGUAAUAAUAAAAAAGUGAAAGUAAUUUUUUUAAAUUGAAAAUAGUUAAAAAAAAUAAUUCAACAUGUUUUUAAAUGACACUUUGUUGAUGUUAAUGUACACCGCCAAUAUUAUGUCAACCAUUCCUAAUGAAACAAAAUCGGAUAAUCAUCAAAUUGAUGAUCAAAUGGAUCGAAUUAAUACAACGACCACAACUCUUUCGCCCGAAGAGCAGGAAAACAAAUUCGAUUUCGAGGACGAAUGGUACAUGUGGAGAUGUUAUCAACCUUAUGGAUGCUUUUACAUUGGAGCUCCAUGGUCUGGUGAUAAUCGACCAGUUUCAACGUUUCCAAUGAGACCAGACAAUAUAAAUCCUCGAUUUCUACUUUAUAAUCGAAAAGAACCAAAUAAAUCGCAUUCCUUAAUUAUUGAUAAAAAGGAAACAAUACAAAAUUCCCCUUUGAAAAAAGAUUCAACGGUUUUUUUUAUAAUUCACGGAUAUCUUGAUAAUGGAGAUAAAACAUGGGUCCUGAGAAUGACAAAAGAAUUAUUAACAAGAGAAGAUAGCAAUGUCGUGGUUGUAAAUUGGUUGGGAGGAGCUGGACCACCUUACACACAAGCUGUUGCAAAUACAAGAUUAGUCGGUGCAAUGACAGCACGAUUAGCAUCGCAAUUAAUUGAAAUAGCAAAAAUAAAACCAGCAAAAAUUCACAUAAUUGGACACAGUUUAGGAGCUCAUACAGCUGGAUAUGUUGGUUAUCAUCUACGAAUUCAAUAUGGUUAUCGAUUAGGAAGAAUAACAGGUUUGGAUCCAGCUGAACCUCAUUUCAGUAAUACUUCACCAAUGGUGAGACUGGAUCCAACGGAUGCUGAUUUUGUCACAGCCCUUCAUACAGAUUGUAAUCCUUUUAUUAGCGGUGGACUUGGUAUCACUCAACCUGUCGGUCAUAUUGAUUUUUAUCCAAACGGAGGACGCAAUCAACCAGGUUGCGAUGAAGGUGUACUAAAUUCUAUUUCCCUCGAGCGAGGAAGUUUCUUUAGAGGAAUCAAAAGAUUUCUCGGUUGUAACCACAUUAGAAGUUACGAAUACUUCAUGGAGAGUAUAAACACUGCCUGUCCCUUUAUAGCAGUGCCUUGCGAAUCUUGGGAUAAAUUUUUAGAAGGUAGUUGCUUCGACUGUGUGAAUCAAUAUUGCCCCAGGUUUGGAUUUGAUGCACAACCAGGAAACUAUCAUGCAUCAGUUUAUCUCAUGACUGGUCGAGAAAAGCCUUUCUGUAGAGGUCACUAUCGAGUUAAGAUAAAUAUUUCAAAGACAGUUGAGAGUAUGGAUCAUGGUGGCGAAGUGGGAAAGUUUGUCAUGAAGGUAAUUGGAGCAAAUGAGAAAAUGACCGAGAAAUUGCAACUAAGCGAAACUUCCGAGUACUAUGAGCCUGGAAGUACUCACACGGUAGUUUUGUCUGGUGAUGUUGUUGGUAAACCGGAAGCUGUUGAAUUAACCUGGGAAUAUCAAACUUCAGUUUUCAAUCCACUUACUUGGAGAAUAUUGCAUAAACCAAAAGCCUAUAUUGAUUUUUUAACUGUUGAUAGUUUGGAAUUCAGUACCGGAAUCACUGUAUGUCCGGAUGAAACAAAAACUCUUAUUGCGAACGAGCCGAAAAUUUUAACAGUGGAAAAUUGUCGAAAUACAGAUCUUAAUAUAGUUUCAACGUGAAGGGGACUAUUACAAAAAAUAAGAUUCAUCAAUAUUGCAUUUCAAUUUCGAGCCUUGAAGUUUUAUAAAAACAUAAAAAAUUUUUCCAUUUCUUAUAUUAUAUUAUUUCAUAACAAAUGUUAAAAGAGCACGAGAAGUGUAUAUUUUUAAAUUUUUAACUUUGCUUCAAAGCGUGUUUGAAACAUUUAAAAUCAACUCGAUUUUCGAGGACUUCAUUGCAAGACUUUAUUUGAAAUCUACGUCAUUAUUAUAAAAAAAUUAACAUUAAAUAUUUAUUCUUUAUAACUUCUUUUUUGUAUUUUAAUCUUUUUCUAUAUAUAUAGUAAUAAAUUUU